AUGAGGAGCUGCAGCCAUUUUUGUCCUGUCCGACCCGUACUCCUCUUUUCUCAUCUUCCCGCCAUCUUUACCUUUUGCUCCACUCACUUCCGCCACCUUCCUGCCUUAUCCUCUUCUUCUCAUUCCUCUUUUAUUCACUCACAAUUCAUCUUCAGCUUGGGCUUCAGGAAAGAUAAAGAAACCUCCCUUUUCCGUUUGUCUCCAGAACUGACCUGCACACACGUGACGACAUUCACACGCGCAUACGCGUCACCAGUUGGGCAGAUUUGCAUGUCUCGGACCAUGUUCUCGUCUCCAGGCGAUAGACAGAAGCAGAAGAGACGAGACCUGACUCAAGCCACUUGUUCAGAGUCGACUUGUCCGCUUCGACGUGUUGAUGAUUUGCAUUUCUGCCCUGACGCCAGCCAUUGCUCUCUCCUCGUCCUCUCGUCCUCCUUUCAGCCGCCCAUCAGAUGCACAACGCACUCGAGCCAAGCGUCCGUGAGGCUGGAGCCCAUUUGCCAUUUCACUUUCUUCUCUUCCAAACCGUCCAGCCGUUCUGCUCCAACAGCGACUGCAAUUCCGUGA